AUGUUCGCCGUCUUCCGCUCCCAUCCGACAGGCGAUCUCGCCAAGAUCGGCGAGGCGCACAUGCAACACGACCUGGCGUCCGAGGACAGGUCGCGGCUACGCACAGCGGCCCGUAAGGUGUCGGUGCACGCAUCCCUAGGCUCUAUCCUCGGGCUCGGGGUCGGCUUGGCUAUGGCGUGGCGCAUCCGCGCGAACAGAAUGGCCCUGUACGACGUGCUCCGGACGUCGAUGCGGCCUACCGAGGUCGUCUUUGCUAGCGGGCAGCGUGGAGAUCAAAAGAAUGCUGCCAAAACUUGUGGCAAGAGUCAUGUCAAGUGCGCGACCCCUGCCCUGCCGACGGGGUGGGGCGACGCGGCGACGUUUGGCGCCUUUUCUCUGGGUGGCAUGCUGCUCGGCGGCGAGACGGGAUUUCUGACAGGCACUGCGUCGGCCACGCGCCUCAUCUCCAAGGACGCCGAGAGCCAAAAAAGGAUCGAGAGCGCAUUCCGCAAGUUCCAGGUCGACGUGCUGAAACGGGAGAUUACUGCCCUUGAGGGCCAGGGCCAGAGCUCAUACUCUUGGGAGAACAUCAAAGACCAGGCCUCGGGCAUGUCUCCGACAUGUCAAAAUGUCGGGUUGAACAACUUGCCCCCGUUCCAAUUUCUGUCUGGGUUUCACGCGGCCAGUGCCGGCCAGAAGCUCGAAGCCAAUGUCUUUCGAUCGGUGGACGACAAGAUAAUCCUAAUCGAGAGAAUCGUUAAUAACAGGAGGGAGACGGACAGUGACAAGUCACAUAUGGGCGGUUUGGUGCAUAAGUUGUUCCAAGAGACUUUCGCCAAGGUCCCUCUAGCCUCGAUCGAGAUGAUUAUCUUCGGCAGCUUCGAGGACGCAGACACCAACCAACAAAAAUGCCGCGAGCAGGAGAAACUUGGCAUUACCAAAUGGCGUCGCUACCACAGCAGCAACUGCCACACACUGUAUUGUCGUUGA